AAUUGUACCCAACGACGGCCUAAAAACCCGUUAGUUUCAACAGUUUAAGUAUUGAGCGUUUGAAAAAAGUGUUGAAGCCCCAGUUCGAUUGAAAAGCUGCAGCCCGGAAGCAUUAGAAGCGACGAUGAAUAUAGUGGGAAGCAACUGAGGCUUCAAAAUAACGCUAAUAAAUUCCUAUUGCCUUAUGAAUUUACAUGCCAGCCUCGAUAGCGUUUAAUAAUCACCAACAAUGAUUUGCACAGAAUGGCUGUUUACCUUUGGCCUAAUCAAAAAUCGACCACACGGCGGUUUUCUAGCUCUCAACUCAAGGAAUCAGCACUGUUUUAAAGAUAACGGCUGGUCUGUUAUCUCUUUAGUGUUGUUGUUGUGCUGCUUUGCUUGUUGGCCUGAUCCAACAUGUUUGAUCGUGUAGGUACAGUUUUACUUCUGAUGCGUUCGCAGAAAAUUGAAACCUUCUACGAUCACCCAUUCUUAUCUAAAGUUAUUGCUGAUGAUUAAUUUACGGAUGUUCACAAAAAAACAUUUUUUCUAAGGCAAGAAGUUGCGACAUUGUACGGAAAUCACCUUGUCUUAUCACCAGCAUCCUCGAGCGCCUUAAUAGUUCCCAAUCACUUAUUGUUAUCGGGCAAUUCAGUAAACAACGUGAAAAAUUCAGGGCAAACAAGCAUGGAGGAGGAUGCCUUGAUGGAAAACAAGGCGUUUAAGGAAACAGAAGCGGGAACCGAACUGAACCAAGUGACCAUCCACGGGAACGUGAAAGCAACCACCACUUGCACCCCGCAGGUAUGCAGGACGGCUAGGCAGCGAUAUCAACCCCCCGAUCUGGCCAAUAACAGCCCCUGGAACCAGAAGAAGACCUAUUUCUUCAUCGGGGUGAUUUCGCUGCUCGUAGUGUGGAUAAUCGUGUACACAGUGGUUAGUGAACUAAAACUGGUAUAAAGGAAAGUGAGUAUUUAGUGAACUGUUUUUUGCUUAUCUAAGCGCAGUCGAAGCAAAUGCACCAUGCAACAGUGUUAAUAAAUUUUAUUGAUAAAUUUCUAUAUAAAA